AUGCGAUCAAUGAUGAGUUUGGACAUGAACGGCUCAUCGCGAGAUAAAGUAUACAUCGAAAAACAAGGCGUCAUGGCCACUAUUGGCCCUGAUUGUUGGAAUAGACUAGUGCCACAAAAGUGCCAAGUUUCGCUCGAAAUGGCAACCGAUUUUGCAAAAGCUUCACGGUCCGAUGAUCUACGGUUUUCGCUUAACUACGCUGUCAUCUCUAAGGAUGUGGGCCGCAUUGUCGAUCCAAAUGUGGACUACAAGACGCUGGGUAAGCUGGCGGAAAACAUUCUGCAUCACGUCAAAAGUAAAUAUCUAGGCGUCGAGAAACUAGUGCUAAAAACUGAAGCCCAAGAAGCGCACAUUAGAGCCGAGAAUGUGAGUGUCUUGAUGCACGCGCCACCAGAGGUACCCUACACUGAUCGUCUCGUCAUUUCGGGCCUUCGAUUGCUUACAUUGAUAGGGGUGUUCACCUUUGAGCGUUUGCAAAAGCAGUUCGUUACAAUCGAUAUCGACAUGCCAUGGGAUACGCGAUCAAAAAUCAACGUAGACUAUCAAAAGGUCAUCAAAGACGCGGUUGAUUUCGUUGAGGCUUCUAACUUUAAAACUGUUGAAGCCCUGGUGGACAGUGUGACUCAUAUCACCUUACAACAACCGUACUUCGAGGAAAAUCCUGAAGCCUCAGUAAUAGUGAAAGUGAUCAAGUUAAAUGCCAUCACAGCAACUGAAGGUGUAGGAGUUAGUUGCCAACGUACUCUCCACGACUUUGCUGGUAAAAAAGUUCCAAAAGUAGGUAAUUCUCGUCCUGUGUCACCGUCUUUGGAUCUUCCGGUCACACAAGUGGCCGAUGUUCUUCCCGGUAAACCCAGCGUUUCCUAUAUUGCCUUUGGGUCCAAUGUAGGUGACCGGAUUUCGAAUAUCCAGCGCGCGUUCAAUUUACUCAAUGCACAUGCAGGCGUGAAAGUAAGGAAAACUUCCUCGAUUUUCGAAAGCGAACCCAUGUACGUUCAAGACCAACCACAAUUUCUCAACGGGUGUUUUGAACUUGAAACAGAGCUUCCCCCUAUUGAGCUUCUUCGUCUUUGUAAGCGAAUCGAAUAUGAAGAGCUCAAGCGAGUCAAAGAGUUUGAAAAUGGGCCAAGAAGCAUUGAUCUGGACAUCAUUCUCUAUAAAAAUAGUGAUGGAGAAGAUGUGGUUAUGACCACUGAAGAGUUAAUUAUUCCCCAUCCCAGACUGAUUGAGCGCACAUUUGUGAUGGAGCCGCUAUGUGAACUUAUUCCCUGCACUGCAGUUCAUCCGGUAACCGCUGAGCCGAUCUUGAAUCACCUAAACCAGGUUUAUGAGCAACAGCGUGACGAAAAUGUUCUUUCCAAGAUAAUACCCCUAGCAAAGCUUAAUGGGGUGGAUAGGUUUCUCAAAUUCAAAAACAGACUGAAAAAGGAUGCUGUAUCAAACCGUCUUAUUAACACAACUGUUUCUCCUACCUUGAUUAUGGGUAUAAUCAACACUACGCCAGAUUCUUUCUCCGAUGGCGGACAAUUAGGUGACGAUAUUGAUGUCCAGCUGUUGAAAGUCAAAACAAUGGUCGAGGAUGCAUUGAAACUGAACAAUCAAGUCAUUAUCGACAUUGGUGGGUGUUCCACACGACCUAAUUCCGGUCAAGCUCCGCUUGAAGAAGAAUUGCGGCGCACAAUUCCGUUGAUUCGUGCUGUACGGACUUGUGAUUUCAUCCCUCAAGAACAGGUCAUUUUGUCGAUUGACACUUACCGAUCUGAAGUCGCAGAGCAGGCUAUCAAUGCCGGAGCAGAUCUUGUCAAUGAUAUUUCGGGCGGGAAAUUUGAUCCUAACAUGUUUACCGUUCUGGCGAAAAACCCUACGGUUGCCUAUGCUAUGUCUCACAUUCGCGGCGAUAUUCAAAGCAUGAACAAGUUAACAGAUUACAGUUGUGAGGAUGGUGGCAAUGGCGAAAACCAAACCGAAUAUUACUACGGCAAAAAAUUCGACAACAAAGAAGAUACAGCGCUGAUCCGAACCAUGGCUCGAGAACUAGCCACUCAGUACAGCAAGGCGCUUAGCAUGGGUAUGAAGACUUGGCAGAUCAUACUAGAUCCAGGCUUGGGUUUCGCCAAACAUGCGAACCAGAAUCUGGAAGUCAUCCGCAGUAUUUAUAUCCUGAAGAACUACAGCAUUGUGAAGGGCUCGGAAUUUGUGAAUUUCAGAAACAAGCCCGUUCUUAUUGGACCGUCGCGCAAGAAAUUUAUUGGUCACAUAACCGGUGAAACUACAGCGUCUGAGCGAGAUAUUUCGACUAGCUCUGUGGUCACUGCAUGUGUGGGUUACGGGGCUGACAUUGUACGUGUUCAUGACACCGCCAAUUGUGCGAAAAGUAUCAAGAUAGCCGAUUCCAUAUAUCGCUGUUCGAUCUAA